UGAACUGAUUUAAAUAUGUUUUUAGUACAUUAAUGGAUCUUGAGAGAGGAAAUGUCAUUGCUCCCUAUGUAGGCCUCAUGGAGCCAUCGGAUUUAAACAAAAAUAUCUUAAUUUGUGUUCCAUAGAUCAACGAAGGUCUUACUUUUAUAGUUGUUUCAAUACUGACGUGUGUUUUAUAAACUCAUCUACUGUGUUUUUGUUAUCUAAUUUGUUUUGUUUUACAGUUUAGGCAUAAUCUCAUACUCUUUCAAUAGUAGUUAAUAUUUCACAAACAAUUCUACUCUGAAUUAUAUUUACUAUAUUCUGUGCACUUUUGUCAUUUUAGCCAGUGAGCAGGGCUUUUAUUUUGGCGUGACGUUUUGACGUCAUAAGGCUGCGUCCCGUUCUUGCAUCUGUUCAGCUGAGGAAAGGAAAAACUCCUGGUGAAGCAACUGAGAUCCACAUGACACACUAUUAUAAAGAUGGCGUUUAUUAAAGAAGAGAGUGAAGACAUGAAGAUUGAAGAAGCAUUCAGAGUGAAACAAGAAGAUAAUGAGGAACAAUCAGACUUGAUGCUGCUGAAAGAGGAGAGUGAAGUACUAGAUGAAAUGGAGGAAGACCAGUAUGAGAAGCAUCAUGAUUUCACAACUGGAGAAAAAUUUAGUUGCUCAGAGACUGAAAAUUCAUCCUCAAGAAAAACAGAAACUAUAAGAUAUUUCAACUGCCAGCAGUGUGGACAGAGUUUUACCAAAAAAGCAAACCUUAAAAUUCACAUGAGUGUUCACACAGGUGAGAAGCCUUUUACCUGCCCUCAGUGUGGAAACAGUUUCUCUCAAAAAGGAAGCUUUAACAGGCACAUGAGAAUUCACACUGGAGAGAAGCCUUACAUGUGCUUUUUGUGUGGAAAGAGCUUCACAGCAGAACUAAACCUGAGAUGUCACAUGAACCUUCACACUGGAGAGAAACCAUUCAAAUGUGAUCACUGUGGAAAGAGUUUCAGACAUAAAGUAACAUGUAAUAACCACAUGAGGAUUCAUUCAAGAGAGAUCAGUUUUAUAUGUCAUCAGUGUGAAAUGAGUUUCACAGACAGCAAUCACCUUAAGAAUCACGUAAUAACUCACACUGGAGAGAAGCCAUUCAUGUGCCAUCACUGUGGAAAGACUUGCUCAAACAAAACAAGCCUUAAGGCUCACACGAGAAUUCACACUGGAGAAAAGCCUUUCACCUGCCUUCGGUGUGGAAAGAGUUUCACAGUUAAAGUAAGCCUUGAGAGGCACAUAAGAGUUCACACUGGAGAGAAGCCUUUUACAUGUCUUCAGUGUAAGAUGACUUUCACAUAUCAAAGAGAUCUGAAUCGUCACUUGCAAACUCAUCCUGUAAAUACAUUGCAGUGUUCCUCAGUGCGACAAGAGGUUUAGAAAAAGUAGUUUGUGUACACUGCGUUCAUUCGUUUUUGUGAUUUAAUAUUGAAAGUAGAAAAAUUAGAAAAUGGUGCAUUUAUUCAUUUCUUAAAAAAAAAAAAAAAACCCUGAAAAAAUGCCUCUUUUAUGUUUUUAGGUUCAGGGGUUGAAAAUGGAUAAACGGCUUGAAUAUUUGUAUAACCCCUUGUUUUCUAUGUUGGAUAUGGUAGGUAAAUUAAUGACAGUACUAACACGGGAUGGGGCCCUGGGUCUGGUUCAAACAUACAUACUAAGAAAAAUAAUAACUCGGGUAUUAUGUCUCGUCUAUCAUUAUUCGUUUUAAGCAAAGCUUUGUAAACCCUUAAUUUUGUAAACACACACUGUUAUUGGCCAUGCCUCCACUUAGUAGAACUUCUAACUUUUUCAAAUCACCCUACUAAGCAUGUGACUAAAUUCAAAUAACACAAAGAAAUGUGAAUUGGAGAAAUGAUAUACAUUUUACUGAAGGUAAUAUGAAAUAAAGUAUUCAGUACUUGUUAGUAGUUGUUAGAUUUUGCUGUAUUUGGCCGAGCAGUCGUUUUGGAGAAGUAUUGCGGAUUGCACGUUCCUUUCCCUCGCUCCUCGCAAGCUGCCCCGCCCACCCAUGAAGAGUAAACUUUGGAAAUGAACCAAUCAGAAACAAGUAAAAUAAAGAUUAGCUGGUAUUUUAGUGCAAACAAGUUAGUGUGUAUGAGCAAAUGUAAAUCCUUGUACCUUAAAGGGUUAGUUCACCCAAAAAUGAAAAUUCUGUCAUUAAUUACUCACCCUCGUGCCGUUCCACACCAGUAAGACCUUCGUUAAUCUUCAGAACACAAAUUGAGAUAUUUUUGUUUAAAUCCGAUGGCUCAGUGAGGCCUACAUAGGGAGCAAUGACAUUUCCUCUUUCAAGAUCCAUAAAGGUACUAAAAACAUAUUUAAAUCAGUUCAUGUGAGUACAGUGGUUCAAUAUUAAUAUUAUAAAGCAACGAGAAUAUUUUUGGUGCGCCAAAAAAACAAAAUAACGAAUUAUUUAGUGAUGGCCGAUUUCAAAACACUGCUUCAGGAAGCUUCGGAGCAUAAUGAAUCAGCGGGUCGAAUCCGCAGUUCGGAGCGCCAAAGUCACGUGAUUUCAGCAGUUUGGCGGUUUGACACGCGAUCCAAAUCAUGAUUCGACACGCUGAUUCAUUACGCUCCAAAAUAAUUUGAGUGACGCAGGAGCUGGCCAAUAAUGAGCCAGACGUAAACAAGCUAUGUCAACUGCGUAUGACAGUUCAAAUUGUUAAAUAAAGUUAUUUUUGUUU